UGCAAACUUCCUCCUUCUCGUAAAGUGCUCUGAAUGCACCAGAAAAGCAUGAACACAGACCACUCAGGUGAAACAGGACUACUCUGUAGUCCGAACGAUGGUCGAGUUUCGACUCCAGGGGGGAAUGGCUUGAGGAAAAGCGCACUAAGAACUCCAUACUCAAGGUCUAAGCCAUUACACUCCAACUUCAAAUCACCUCUUCAAGUAUGUGAGAGUGCUAAAGCAAGCCCUGCAGAGGAGGUGGUAGAGCUAAAGAAGAGAAAAGAUCAGCUGGACGCUGAGAUCGCACAGCUGGAGGCUGAGGGAUACAGAGUAGAGGAGCUGGAGCAUCAUAUUGAUAAGCUGCAUGAAUACAAUGACAUCAAAGACAUUGGACAGUCACUGCUUGGCCGCAUUGCUGCUCUGAGGGGGACCACCACACGAGAUCUCUACAGCCACUUUGGUCUGGAACUUGAUGACUGAAAAGAAAACAAGGACUCGCAAAAGAUGUAUGCAAAUAAAGCCGUGAGAUUGGUUUUACAGGCCGAAGGGGGUAAAGAAGCAAGACAGAGAGAAAUUUUAGCUGUGGCACAAAAAAAUUGUGUUGAAGUAAAGGUGGAUGUCCAAGACAUUGAAUGCUAUUGUGACUCUUGCAGCUUUAAGCUUCUGUUAAUGGAGUGAAAAAUGGUGUACACAUUGGGUUGGGAAGAGGGAAUGCUUGAGUGUAAAAAUGUGUGUAUGGUAGCCUAUAUAAGAUUCUUUGUAUUCUGAAAAUAAUAUUUCAUAAAUAAGGUACUCAGAGCACCACGGACAUCAUGUUUCCACUUUAAUUAUCUCUACAUCCACUAAAACUUGUAAAAGUUGACAAUGAAUUGUACUAAAAGCUUCAAGAGUUGAACUGGA